AGGGAUUCGGAGCUUUCCUUGCUAGGCUUGGCAAAACUUGAUGAGAAGUCACUCUUUCCGUUACAUCCUUCAAAGGAAGGUAUUACUUUCUUGUCGCAAAAGGCAGUUGUCUCAGGCAACAAAAGGGGCUUCUCAGAUGUUAUGGAUGGAUUCUCAGAGCGUUCAUUUCUUGUCAGUUCGGAAGUAAAUGUGAUGCUCUCACCCAGGGCUUCUCUAAACUCUAGUGUGAAAUCAGGUUCCGUGAAAGAAAACCCUGGAACUCAACCAGGUAAACUGAAAGAGAUGAUUCCCCAAAACACAGCUCAGGAGAGAUCUCGCCCUGCGAAUGAGACCAGUACAAACUGUGUCGGAGCUGAAAAUAACAACAGCAGUGCACCUGCUACAAAGUCACAGGUUGUGGGUUGGCCACCCAUUAGAUCGUUUAGGAAGAAUAAACUGACUUCUAGUCCAAAGAACACCGAGGAAGUUGAUGGAAAAGCAGGACCUGGCGCAUUGUUUAUCAAGGUCAGCAUGGAUGGUGCUCCUUAUCUAAGAAAAGUGGACUUGAGAGCUUACUCCGCAUAUCAGGAGCUCUCUUCUUCCCUUGAGAAGAUGUUUAGCUGCUUUACCAUAGGUCAGUAUGGGUCUCAUGGAGCUCCAGGCAGGGAGAUGCUGAGUGAGAGCAAGCUGAAGGAUUUGCUCCAUGGAUCUGAGUAUGUCCUUACUUAUGAGGAUAAAGAUGGUGACUGGAUGCUUGUUGGUGAUGUUCCUUGGGAGAUGUUUAUUGGUACAUGCAAGAGACUGCGGAUCAUGAAGGGUUCUGAUGCCAUCGGCCUAGCUCCAAGGGCUGUGGAGAAAUCUCGAAACAGGAAUUAGCUUAUAUUUGUUUACACAUGAUUGUUGCCAUCCAUCCAGCACAAGAGGGAGAAGGGUUGCAAAGCAUGUUACCCAGGUGGUUGUUGAAGGUUGAGUUUUGAUCAGUAGAUGUUGGCACUGGACGGCCAAUCAUGGGUAGACGCAUUAGUGAUCGUUAGUGUGUUUUUCUUUUUGUAAUUCAUGCUUUCAUGUCAUGUCUAAUCUGAAAAUGAUAAAACCCUUUCUCGGGGAGUAUAUAACUGCAAUGUGGUGAAUUCCUGCUUAUACAGGAAUAUUUUAGUAUGUAAAUUGUUUUGCUUGUUGAAAAAUUUUCUUGCAUGUGUACUCAAAACCAAGUUGGCUGUUAGCUUGAUUUUUCGUUAGCUGUUCUCAGUAUUCCUGCUGUGCAGGUUUGGAGGCAGCUACCUUCAUGCCACUUUGAUGGGGUCUAAGAUGUUCAAAAGCAUCCAGUUAACCUUUGACUAUCUCGGCCAUUUGCAUCCUUGGCGUUCUCUAAUAUGGGUGUCUUCUGGAUUGUGUUGAGUCACACUUAAAGAGUCGUAUCAUUUUGGAUUUGUGUUAUAUUUAGGGCGUGAUAUUUCUGGCUUGUGUCGAGUUCCGGGAAUCAAAAACCAUAGGACUAGGGUUUGAAUCAAGAAAGAGGAUGAUCUGAGAAUCAUCGCUACUGUUUUCAAAUGAUGUGUUAUUUGCUGUGG